AAGCACCAUCCAUUUACCUGCACACAAGAGCUGUCGGUGGGCACACCGACCUCGCAUAAGGUCAUCAUCACAUCAUUGGACCGCUUCCACACCCAGCGUCUACUCUGUUGCAUUUACAUCAUUCGAAAUCUCGAGGUGAAUCGACUUUACAUCACCAAAUUGGACAAGUCUUGCUGGAUCUCGAAUUGAUCCCAGUUGAAUCAAUUGGCAACGUCGUAGAUUGUGACGAUAGAGAUACACACUCCUGGUAGAACAAAGCAAGCAUUGGGAGACCACAAGCAAAGCUUCAUUACGAUCCCACGAACAAACCGACGACCUUCGUUCUCGACGCGGCCAACGACGACGACUCCAGAUCGUGCGAAGAUCGUCGUUGACAAAACUGGUCCUACCUCAAAGGGCAAGAAGGAUUACGACUGGAUUGCGACAUUACUGCAUAUCCUCCCCUCCCUCGUCAAGCCGCAACGAUGCAUAUAAUGUUGACAAACGACGACGGCCCGCCCUGCUCCAAAGCCUCUCCUUACAUCCUCCCCUUCAUCCAAGCGCUCGAGGGCGCCGGGCACACGGUGUCGGUGAUCAUCCCGGACCGGCAGAGGAGCUGGAUCGGCAAGGCGCACAUGGUGGACCAGGCCGUGUCGACCGCGGCGUACUGGCCACCGGCCACGACCCCGGCGCUGCACGACCCGGGCCGCAACCCCAGCCCGGGCGAGAGGGGCGGCCGGAGGAGACCGUGGGUCCUGGUGGACAGCACGCCGGCGAGCUGUUCGCAGCUCGGGCUGAACGGGCCCUUCUUCCGGCCCUCCUCGUCCUCCUCAUCCGGAGAGGACCUGCCGCCGAUCGACCUCGUCAUCUCCGGCCCGAACUUCGGCCGCAACACCACGGCGGUGUUCGCGCUGAGCUCCGGCACGCUGGGCGCGGCAUUGGAGGCGACGCUCUGCGGCUACCGAUCCAUCGCGUUGAGCUUCGCGUAUUUCCGCCAGGAAUCCGACUGGAACGAUCCCGAGGCGGUGCUGGAGGCGUGCGGGCAGGGCGUGCGGGUGUGCGAAUAUCUCGCGAAGCAGGGGAUUUCCGAGGAGGGGAAAGGAGGAGGGUUCUGGAAGAAGGGCGUGCUGUACAGCGUCAACGUGCCCGUGAAGGUCGGCGUGCGGGACAAGCGGGUGGUGUGGACGAGGAUGCUGGGCAACGCGUGGACGCAGGGCGGCUGUUUCGAGGAGACGACCGUCGCGGACGACGCCGCGGCGGAUGCGGAGCACGCGGGAGGAGAUGCGUCGAGGAGAUUCAGGUGGGCGCCGAAGUUCCAGGACGUCUACGACAGCGUGCAGCGGGCGGGGCCCGGGUCGGACGGGUGGGCGGUGAAGGAGGGCGAGACGAGCGUGACGGCGCUGCGGGCGAAUUUCAUGCACGCGGAGGAGGACGAUGGGGCGUUUUCGGGGGAGAUUACAUUAUGAUUGUGGUUGUUGUUUUGUCCGAUGGUGUUAGGGAUUUGGGAGGGUCGUUUGAGCGAGAGAAGACAAAAGCAGGAAGGAGGGAAUCUAUUGUCGAGAUGGAGGUCGAUGAAUGGGAUUUUCCGUGACGAUGACGAUUCUUAUUCCUACUGUAUAGGUAGCGGGGAGGCCAUGGUUCAGGGUGCUCACAGCUGGAGAGGUUUAAAAAAGAAAAGAAAGGCGAUGGUCAGGGAUUGAUCACAUUGUCAGUCAGUCAGUCAGUCAAUCAGUCAGGAUGAAGGUAGGAUUGUCAUUUGAUAAUAAGUCGGG